CUUGUCUUUCUCUCUUCCUGUCAUUUACCAAGACCAGAAAUUAGCAUGACCGAACCGCCGAUGGAAUUUGGGCAACUCUCCCCAUUGCCGGGGUGACCUGCAUGGACGGGCUUAUCUUACAUGUCGUAUUUCCAAGAUUACAGCUGCGAGGGGUACUCUGCCAACGCACAUAAAUUGGAGGCAAGAACCUUGGGCUUAAGUCUUUCUGCGUUCAUCUCCAGUUUGGUCUGUUCACUUGUUUUUCUCCAAGAUGCUCGACAUCCAAAGCUCCCCUCAUUCCGAUGUCCUCACCAUACAGGACCUCGCUAAGAAGGCCGAAGAAGCUCUUCCUCGGACCUACGCCCAGUACUACAAUGGAGGCGCUGGAGAUAUGUCAACCCUGCGAGACAACGAAGACGCAUAUAACCGGUAUAAAUUGCGCCCUCGGGUAUUGAGAAAUGUGGAAAAGGUCGAUAUGAGCUCCGAGAUAUUUGGUGUCAAGGUCCCCAGUCCUCUGGGCCUCUCGCCAACCGCUGCACACAGACUCGCCACGCCGGCUGGCGAAAUCGCAACUUCUCGGGCGGCCGCAAAGAAUGGAAUACCGAUGUGCUUAUCUACAUGGUCAACGACUAAGCUGGAGGAUGUGAUCGCUCAAGGAGCGGGGAAUCCAUAUGCAAUGCAGGUAUCGUUUUUCGCGGAUCUUUCAGUGACGCAGCGAAUUAUAAGACGUGCCGAGAAGGCUGGCUACAAGGCUCUAUUCGUGAGCGUCGACCUUCCGGUCUUGGGCAAUCGGGUCAGCGAGGCACGAAUGAAAUUCUCAUUUCCUUCUCACAUCACAUUUCCCAACAUCCAGGAAGGAGAGGGGGACCUGAUGGCGAUAUAUGGGGCUGGCUAUGACCCCUCAAUCCAUUGGGAGAAAUCAAUUGCCUGGCUUCGGAACAAUACAAAACUACAGAUUUGGCUCAAAGGAAUUGUAACCCCGGAAGACGUCCAACUUGCUAUCGACUACGGUCUUGACGGUGUGGUCAUAUCCAACCACGGCGGUCGGCAGCUGGACGGACAGCCAUCAACGCUCGAUGCGUUGCGCGAAUGUGGGCCUGUUGCUCGGGGGAAGAUCCCACUUGCUGUUGACGGCGGUAUCCGACGCGGCGCUGAUAUUUUCAAAGCCAUUGCUAUGGGAGCGAGCAUGUGCUUCGUGGGACGCAUUCAAAUCUGGGGAUUGGCGUACGCCGGAGAGUCUGGCGUUGAGCACGCCAUCAAGAUCAUCCUUCGAGAAUUCAAGCACACUAUGAUGUUUAUGGGAUGCCGAACUAUUGCUGAUAUUACGCCGCAACAUCUAUCUCUUCUUCACGAGAAUGGGAUUUUGUCAAAGCUUUAAGGCGCUAAGAUAUGGCAGAUAGGCCAUUCCGCUGUAGAGCAGUGCAUUGAUGGUGUCGAUCUUGGUUAGAUUAGAAUACUUG